AUGCUCAACAAUAAUCAGCAAUCUAUGGAUUUGAAUCAGCUCAUCCAAACUGUUCAACACAACAGCAACAACUGGUCUCUCUCACCGAGCGAGCCAAGGACCUUGCAAUUGAAAAAUUACAGGGCCAACUCUCAUCCCGCCGCACCAAUCAAGGUGCUCAAUCCAGCUCUCAGCUACGCAUCUGCUGCCCGUAAAGGUGCCCAACAUCGUGACCCUGCCCGUACUACCAAGCGACGUCUUGCUGCAGGUCGUAUGUUCCAAACCGCCACCACCAAAGGUCAACAAGGAUACCAGUAUGUGUAUCUAGGCCGCUCUGACAUCUGUUUCCCUGCCACUGGCGUCAUUGGCAUCUUGCUCCACAUCCAAUAUGUAGAGGAGUUUCUCGCCUGUAUGCGCAAAUGUGAAGCUGAUCACAUUGAAAACUUUCAACCCUUGGAUCCCAACAACAUUGCUGAUCCCAAAUAUGCUGAUCUUGCCAUUGAAGAGCGUGAGCAAUUGAUCUAUGAAUUCACCAACACCGUGCUCUGCAAACCCUCUCUUUCCUUCGUCCACUCAACGUUAGUGGCGUUGGCAAAUACUUUGUCUCUGCUGGCUGGAUCUCUCAAGAAGAGCUAG